AUGAAGAAGAGCCGCAGCGUGCUGUCUGUGACUGGAGAAGAGGUGAGCAGGAGAAUAGAAACAAGCAGAGGUGUAGACAGAAAGACAAACGAGCCGACUGGAGGCAGAGCUGACGCUCAGAUUCAGAGAGUAUUUCCCUGAAUCCUUACAUGACUUAGAAACCUCGUGACUUUCACACAUCGAAGGCUCCCUUUGUCUUGUUGUCAAGGUCUCAGGAUGCUCUCAGAAGUCUGAGUGGUCAGUCUGUCUCUCACAGCCUCCUCUUACUCCGGCUGUGAAAAUCAAUCUCACUUUCAUCAUCAAAACACUGCAAAGGUCUGAGUUUAUCUCAAUGACGAGGAGGAAUAUUUGAUGUAAACAAGCGUCCCUCUUUCACUCAGCAUGUAAACAUUGAACCUGUGGGAUUAUAAUCAUGCUUUUAUAACACUGGGAUGAAGCUUUGGCUCGUUUUCAGCCACCCUCACAUAAAGCGGUGCCAAUUUUGGAUUCUGGAGGGACGCGCUCCAAACAGAUAUCAUGUAAAACCCAAAGAGACAUAAAGACUGAGUCACAGCUAGCAAGCACCCUUAAUUAAAUCCGUCUUUAUUCAACACACUUGACUGUUUAUUGCUGAGUAAAUUUAAUCACACAUUGCAUUUUUUCCACACGCUGGUUUUAAAGGCAGAGCUGUGUUAUGACCAAGCUAACAUCAUGGCUGAAGGACAUCAUACCGCACAUUAUCCCGCCACGCUUUUUUAUCGAUGACGCUCAGAGGCCAAUCAUAUACCUGUGUGUGUGUGUGUGUGUGUGUGUGUGUGUAUGUUUUCAUGUGUACUGUACGUGUGUGUGUGUUUAUGUGUAUGGAUGUGAGCAUCUCUCCACAUCUGGGUCUGGACGGCAUCAAACGCAGCAUGGAAGCAACACGGCACUGUUGCCUAGCAACUGCUACCAUUCCCCUAGUGUUUUGUUGCUACGGUACUGCAGUGCAGAUCAGCCUCUAAGAGCUCGGUCUGUAGAGGCCUUAUCCCAGACACACUCACACACAGACACACAUGUAGCUUCACAUACACGCACAGUCGGACGCAUACACACACAUGUAACCCAUCACGCACAUGCUCAGUCAUACGUGCACAUCGUCUCAUUUGUAGUCGGUGUUUUUGUGGAGAUUUUGGUCCCGGUCAGAAGUCAACAUGCUCGGAUAAACCUGCCAGAACAACAACAGUGUGAAUCAUGAUUACGUCUCCUCUCAUGAAUCGUCAUUUUAAGCCACAUUAUGAGAAUUUUGCAUUAAAUUAGGAGAAAGAAAAAUGUGUUAUAUCUGUUUCACCUUCCCUCCCUUCUGUCUCUCAGGGUAAUGACACAGAUAUAACAGGUGCUGGGGAGAAGGCGGAGUCAUCGCGCUACAGCCGAUCUUACACGUCUGGGGCCACACUCGGGGCCGAGCUACGCAGGGGGAGGAGCAGAAGACUGUCAUCGAGUCUCCAGGUAUUUAGCAUGGAGAUCCACUAACCGUUAACCCCUCUACCUCCUGUGGACUCAGUCUGACAGGAUCAUGAUUUUCAGAGGUUAAAUAUAGAAGAUUUUUUUUUAAAGAAGCUUCUGAAAACUUCAUCUUCAAAUCAAGAAAACUUCCACUUAUAGACAUUAGUCUUGGACAGAUGCCUCUGUGAGCCUUUUUUCAUCUGAAGCGUAUGUUUUGGAUUGGUUGUCGUGUCUCUCUUCUUUUUAAAGGUACAGUGUGGAUAAUUGAUCAGUAUUUAACUGAAUAGUGUGAUAAUAAUAAUACAUUCAUUAAAAUACUUAAAUUGGUGUGAAAUCGUCUGGCUACGACCAACGAGUAAUUGCCAUUAGUAGUUUUGUUUACCGUGAAUAUUAACCAAACAUGUAACAGCUGGAAGAAGAGGAGAGUAGCAGCUGUUGUCAUCAGUUUUGAUCGAUGAUUUUGACGGUUAAAACUUGGCCAACAAGGAUCGUACUUAUCAUUGAUCACAGGAGCGUCUUGUCCUCAAAGGUCACCAUCACUGCACUGAUGGAAGGGGUGAGCAAGGGGGGAGUUUUUCAGUCCACAUAUCCUUAAAUUUACCCAUUCAGUCCGUCUUCACCUUCGGUAAUUUGAGCUGAUUCUUAAUAUGUGUUUACAUCAACCUUAAAUUAGCCAUUAUACUCCAGAUACUAACAGAUUGAGGUUUAUUUUCAUUUUUUCCUUAAAACAGUGAAGAAUUAUUCGCUGCUUAGAAUAAUAAUAGCAAUAAUAUUCACAGAGGGUGCCUCAGAAGCUGACCUGGUUUUUCCACUUUCCAUCUCCUCGUUUGUUUCCAGCUGUUUCUGAUCUUUCUGUUUGUAAAAUUGUGUCUCAGUCUUCUAAGCAGCAGGUGACAGGUGAGCUUUACAGUCUUUUUUGUUUUUCUUUCCGAACUCUUCAGGUGCCUUGUUGGCUUCGCCCUCGAGACCGAACUCGUUCACCAGAGAUCCUGAAUAAUGUGUCCCGUCCAACAACUCUCCCCCUCCGCAUCCCACCACGCAUCUCCAUCACACAAGCAGACUCUGACAGGUCCUCACACAAUAUCCUCCUAAAUCUUAUCCUAACUUUGCAGAAAGUUUUAAUUUAGUCCUCUUUAACGAUCCAAUGUUUCUUCUUCUUCUUCUUCUUCUGUCUCCAGCUAUGAAACAGAAAACGGCGUGUCACCGGGUCACACCCCGCUGGGCUCCCAGAGUCCAGGCCUCACUUUGCACACCUCCUUUCCCCAGGGCCAGAGGAGAGAGUCCUUCCUCUACCGUUCUGACUCAGACUACGACAUGUCACCCAAGACAGUCUCACGUAACUCCUCCCUUGCCAGCGAAGGGUAAGACUCAUGAGACUCAAUGAAGGUGGGCGUUAAUUCGUACAGAGAGAUACAUCUUUCUUUUCCCUUUUUAACUCUCUCAGGCACACAGGAGAGGACUUCAUCGUCACACCUUUUGCUCAAGUGAGUCUUAGCGAACACCCUUCAUCCUUUCCUCAAGUCUCCCCUCAGCUCAUGUAGAUUUAUUCUCUACAUUUCUUCUGAUCGUUUAGGUUCUGGCCAGUUUGCGAUCAGUACGGAGCAACUUCACCAUUCUCGCCAACGUCUCCACACCAACAGUCAAGUCAGUGCAAAGAACUUUCAUGAGUGUUCAUGAGUUGUUGUAUUUUCGCACAUGUGUUGGUAUGAUGGCUGUUUUACUAAUCCAAGAGGCGGUCCAGACAUUGAGCGUCGGUUUCAUGCGUUACUUUAAGGUCAGUUCCAAACAGCAUGUGUACUGUGUCCUCAGGAGGUCGCCUCUGGGUGGGGUGUGCGUCAGUCCGAGGGCGUCACUCUCAGACCAGCAGUACCAGCAGCUCGCCCUGGACACACUGGAGGAGCUGGACUGGUGUUUGGACCAACUGGAGACCAUUCAGACACAUCGCUCUGUCAGUGAGAUGGCCUCCAAUAAGGUAGGGAAACAUCGCUGAGUGUAUAUUUUUAUGUAGACGUCAAAGUUUGGUUUAGCAUGUUUUCUUCAACAGUAGAGUAUCCAAUCAGAAAAGGAUCCUAUAAGAAUCAGUGUUAACCCUGAAGACAUCACAGUGUUUUUCAAAGGUGGGGUAGUCGGGAUAUGAGGAAGUUCCAGUUUUUAGCAGAAAUCUUGAAUGUAAACGCUACCCCUGCCAACCAGUUUUCCCCUUAGCGCCUCCUCUUCAGCAAGCCCCGCCCACAAACAGACGCUCCUGCUCGCUCGUAUCGUUCCAAUUAAAUUCAGAUAUAAUGCAGAUAAAUACUUCAGAUCAUUACAAAUGGGGCCCAGUCAAGGUGAAAGUAAACAGCAUUGGUGCUACUGUAGAUGCUAACAGACUACCAGCAAACACAAUGUUUGCAGGACUUCUACAACUAGGAUAAAGUGACAUAGUCCAGGACCCGAGGGAGGACAGUUUAGCGAUGGCGCUACAACACGCUACAGCAGGUCCGUUUGACAAGAAACACUUCUGUUACAGACACUUGUCUUACUUUGUUAAAGCGGUUUACCUGUCCAGCAGAAAGGUUACAGGGUCACCAAGAUCCCCAAGCGUCCCCCAUGGUUUAUGUUGACCCGGCUUUUUAGCUCUUGUCCGGUCUACCUCCGUUUUAAGCGCCCGUUAUUCCGCCAGAGUCUCCGGUAUUUACUUUGUUUUCUUGCUUGUGUCGGCAGUCGUGGCCAAAGGAGGAUUCAGACAAUUUUCCAAACUUUCUGGUUGGUUUCUACUGUCCGAUAUUGUAGCACGCUAACUUUGUUUGGGCUCCUGAACGACACGGGGGAGCAGCGUCUGCCUCACAACCAAUCAGGUUAGAGGAGGUGGAGAACGGCUUUGUUUACAGUCAGAAAGAACACAGAGAUAUCGUUAUAUUACCAAUUGUCAUCAAUAACUAAUAACUAUUGACUGAUAUUAAAAGCUUUUUUGUAUAUACACCACAAAAAAAGAUGCUUCUUUAACGGAUUCCUGCCUACCCCACCUUUAAUCCGGGUAAAACUUUUGUUUCACUAUCUUUCAUUUACUUCUCUUGGUCUCCGUGUCGAACAACAACAACAAAAGGAUCAAUCUUUGCUCAAAAAGGAAACUUAACAAUUCAUAAACUGUGUUUUUCAGUACAAACAGGCCUGUACUUGAUAUAUGGGUACAGGUUUGUAUGUAGAACGGCUCACCAUCACAUUCAGUCUGUAAAAACUGGAAGUUUGGCUGCCGGUUAAAUAGGAUUGAUCAGAUAAUUAAAGAAAUGAGCCCCAGGUGCCAGACGAACACCAGUUACUGUGAGGUAUCUUUAAGAGUUCUCUAAUUUUAAUCAGUCUUGUUUUGUUAAAUAUUUUCUUUUAAAACAUUUCUGAUCCCCUGAAUUUCCACUUUAAGAGCGAGCUUACAUGUUUUCAUGUUCCUGCUGGUUUGGUUCUUCUUCUCAGCUGCAGAUAAACAAUCGUUCAAGAGUCUAAAGAGAUCAGCUCUUCACCGUCUCUCCUCUCUCUGUUCUGCUCUCAUUCUGCCACAGUUUAAGAGGAUGUUGAACCGGGAGCUGUCCCACCUAUCAGAGAUGAGUCGCUCUGGUAACCAGGUGUCUGAAUACAUUUCCAGCACUUUCAUGGGUGAGAACAACCAGAAUUCUGUUUCUGUUUACAUCACUUCAUGACCCCUCUGCAAGAUAAAGAUAACCGAUGUCUUUGUGUUUGUCCGUCAACCUGCAGACAAGCAAAACGAGGUUGAGAUCCCGUCUCCCACCCUGAAAGACAAACCCAUGAGUCACAUCAGCGGAGUGAGGAAACUGUCUCACAGCUCCAGCCUCUCCAGUACUUCCAUGCCUCGCUUUGGUGUCAACACAGACCAUGAGGACGAGCUAGCUAAGGUCUUGUUUGUCUGUUUUUCACUAAAUCACUCAAAACAUGUCGUACUAAUCAAUCCCUGUUCAGACUUUGACUGAGCCCAUCACCCUGAUCAACAAAACAUCAUUAAUGAUUCAGGAGCUCCUUGUUUUGACUCGCCACAGGAAUAGUUUGGUUUCUUAUAGAUGGAUUUGUAUGAAGUCAGCUGGACCCCUUUAUUCAGAAACUGUCCAUGAAAGUUCGGCUGUAAACCGCUUCAGAGGAGACCAACUGGACCCCAAAGAAAGUCAGACCAGACGUUUGAGUCAUGUCUGUUAUUUUGGGAUGCAACACAUAUGUGCGUGUUACUUUGCCUGCAGCGCACAGAUCAGCUGUUCGGGUCCAGGAUGAGAGAGUCAACUUGAAUUUCAUCUUGUGCUCUGAUUAUUUGGUGGACAGAUCUGAGUCCCAUUUCUGACAGCUGUAGCUCUGCGAACUCACAGUUCUCACACCUGAAACACCAGUUACUUAAAAUCUCUUCUGCUCUCCAGUUAGUUCAGAUGUUUCUCCCCCCUCUGCCUUUGGUUGAGUCUAGUUCUUCCUCUGUACAGGCGUCCUCAUCUGUCAUUGUCACUCUCAGAAUCCCUCAUUAGUCUGUGGAAGCUCGCAGUCCUGGUAGUUGAGCUGCAGGCAGAGGAAUAAGUACGUAAUUCAUCCAGAAACAAAGUGGGGUAGCUUGACCCCAUCUGUGAUGGUUGAUCGCCUUUAGCUUCAAUAUUUGGUCUGCAAUCGGUUUCUGAACUGGCUAACUCCAGUCAUAUGAAAAUAAUACAUUCAUUCCAUAUAAAUUCAGAGUCUUUAGAUAACUGUCCCACUUCAAAGAGUACGUUUCCAUUUUGUCUUCCAUCCUGUGUGUCAUUUCUUCAUAUGCUGUAACUAUUAAAAUAUCAUAUAUACAUACAUCCACACACACACACACACACACACACACACAUACAUAUAUACAUAUAUAUAUAUAUAUAUAUAUAUGUAUCAUAACAUAAUUUUAGACAGGUAGUUUUGUCUGAACCUCCCAGCUCUUUGUUUAUAGUCAUAAAUAUCCCUCAUCAUUCAUGUUUUCUGUUUGUAAAAUGUUUCUCUGUUUGACUGUGAGAUAACUACAGAUUGACUUUAUAAGGAAUAGAUGAAGGUGAUGCAAUUCAUAAUGAAGCCCAUCAUAUUAGAUUAAAUCAGAUUAGAUUAGAUUAGAUUGGAUUAGACAUCUGUAAUUGGUUUGGUUUCACUUAACGAUGUCUCGAUAAUGCCCUCUGAUCACAAACUUAGAAACAUGUCAGAUCAACUUUCUUUGUAUCUAAAACAUUAAUCAUUCUGUCGGAAAAAAUCACAUUUUUUGUGUCUGUGUGCGUGCAUGUGUGUGUGUGUGUGUUGGCUCGAGCAGGAACUGGAGGAUCUGGACAAGUGGAGUUUUAACAUAUUCAGAGUAGCCGAGUUCUCCAACAACAGACCUCUGAGCUGCGUCAUGUACGCCAUCUUCCAGGUAAACACAGAGAGUGUGUGAGCGUGUGUGUCUGUGGGAGUGUGAGUGUGUGUCUGUGGGAGUGUGAGUGUGUGUCUGUGGGAGUGUGAGUGUGUGUCUGUGGGAGUGUUUGUUGUCUGUGGGAUCGUUCUCACCUGAGGUGUUUGGAGCUUGUUUAUGUUCACAGUAUUUUACCAUCAGGCGUUAACUUUCUCUCUGGGUGAGAGCUCAGGUAUGAAUGUGAGAUUGAAUGGCUGGAGCUGCACUGAGAGUGUGUGUGUGUGUGUGUGUGUGUGUGUGUGUGUGUGUGUGUGUGUGUGUGUGUGUGUGUGUCAAAUCUCCUCUGAACAAUGCCACCACCACACAGAAGAGGAGAAAAUCCCUCAUCUCCACCUGUUGUUGGCCUCGCUCGCUCGCUCGCUCGGCGCCCUCGGCGGUUGUCCUGUUCUCCCGGAGGCUAAAUUGCCUCCAGCUGACAGCUGAUGGGUUUCCAGAUUGGACUUGAACAGACUCAGAGUUCUGUUUCCUCUCCUCUCCCCUCAGGAACGAGAGCUGUUGAAGACGUUUCGGAUCCCAGUCGACACCUUUGUCACUUAUGUGAUGACCCUCGAGGACCAUUACCAUGGAAACGUAGCGUACCACAACAGCCUCCAUGCUGCAGAUGUCACCCAGUCGACACACGUCCUCCUCUCGACCCCGGCUCUUGAUGUAUGUUCACAACCACACACACACACACACACUCCAGUUAUGGUGUUCAUUCCCAUCCUAGUGGGUCUUAAAAAAGCUCUUUAUUUAAUUUUUAAUGCGAAAAAGUGAAGAACUUGAUUAUCAAACCAAAGCUGAAAAGACAUUUUCCCUUUGCAUGAAGCACAGCGGUGUUGUUGGUUCUGUUUCAGGUUUUUAUAGGUCAGGAAAAAAGAAGUUUAACUGUUUUACAACCUGGAACAUCUUAACUUCUUUUGACAGCAAAUUAAAUCAGGUACUUUAACGGUCCUAUAUGAUGAAAAACACAUUUUUCCUCGUCAGAUUUGAGUGUGGAAGCAAAUAAAGUCACUGCUUUAGUGAUGGUGAUGAAAUGACAGGAGUAAGUGGUCUAAGCGUGCAUAAGAAACCACUUCCACUCCUCGGCACUUCCACUUCCUGACACCAUUGUGGUUUUCCUGUCGUGUUUCACAGCCGAGAUGUCAGAGGUUAGAGGAACACACGUUAACGGGGUUUGUGUUGGUGGUUGAAAAUAUGAACACAACAGAAAACAGAGUUUGUAAAAAAGGAGAGAAAGUAGAAACUGCUCAGUCUUCCCCUCUGUUGGAGGUCCGAUUCUGAGUCAUAGUUGAAGUAAAGUGGUGCAGGUUCUUCUGGUGCGCUCACCAUGUUUGUUUUGGUGUUUUUCCACCUCUGCACCGGUCUGCACCCUCACCAACCUACACUCAGACUUCUUCAUAAUGAGGUUCCUCACUGAGAGGCUGCCUUUCUUCCAUUUUUGACACUUGUUUUAUAAAACUGUUGAAUUCGUAUUUUUCCCCUUCUGCUCUUCUUCCUGUCCCGUCAGGCUGUCUUUACAGACCUGGAGAUCCUCGCUGCUCUGUUUGCCGCAGCUAUCCAUGAUGUAGACCACCCUGGAGUCUCUAACCAGUUUCUCAUCAACACAAGUGAGCACAAACACACACUCACACUCACACACUCAGAACAAACUGGAACAUACCCAGACGUUUGCACCAAUCCCUCCUGUUCUCCCCUUCCCUCUGUGCUCAGACUCAGAGCUGGCCCUCAUGUAUAAUGAUGAGUCUGUUCUGGAGAACCACCACCUCGCCGUGGGCUUCAAGCUUCUGCACCAGGAGAACUGUGACAUCUUCCAGAACCUCACCAAGAGACAGCGCCAGAGCCUUCGCAAGCUGGUCAUCGAUAUGGUCAGGGCUUUGUUUACAUCGAUGCACGACAGGAAUCACUCAAGUCUGCCGACCGGUUUGGUGUUGACUGUUUGUGUUCGGUCUCGUCUCUGUCUGCAGGUGUUGGCCACAGAUAUGUCCAAACACAUGACCCUGCUGGCUGACCUGAAGACCAUGGUGGAGACCAAAAAGGUGACCAGCUCAGGUGUGCUCCUCCUCGACCAUUACACAGAACGGAUACAGGUAAGAGCUCCUCUAUACCCGUCCAUACGACUGCUCUAUCACACACACUGUGACCUGAAAUAAAUCAACUAAACUUAGUCUGGUCUCUGUGAAGGUGCUGAGGAACAUGGUGCACUGUGCGGACCUGAGUAACCCCACCAAGUCGCUGCUGUUGUACCGACAGUGGACGGAGAGGAUCAUGGAGGAGUUCUUCAGACAGGGAGACAAAGAGCGAGAGAGAGGGAUGGAGAUCAGCGCCAUGUGUGACAAACACACCGCCUCUGUGGAGAAGAGCCAGGUAGCACUCCAUCAGUGGAGACAACUGGAUAUUAGAGGAGUUCUGCCUGACCUUAUAAAAGCAACAUGAGUCCAAACUAGAUUAAAAAAAAUCUGUUUGAUGAGACUCAAACUUUUGAGUCCUCAGGGCUGUUUUUCAGGCCGUCAGGAUAAGGACAGCUGUCAAACACCGAUCCUUUUGAGACGGUAUUUAGUUUAAACUUACCUCAACUCCUCAGAGCAAAAUUCUGAUGCCACCAUAAAUUACAGAUGUUUGUAUUUAUUAAUAUAAUUUAACGAUAUUUACAUUUUUUAGCACAAAAUUAAACUAAGAUUAAAACUUCAGCAGUAAAAAAACUUGGAGCGAUCACUCAUGAUUUAUUUUUGGGUCAUCGUGCAGAAUCUUCAGUGUGUCUUAAAAUGAAAAUACCAUCUUUUCACUGACUUUUCUUUUACUCACAUAUGUUUGAUUUUCUGAAACUUAUUAUAUAUUCUGUGUUUUCACUAACCGCUCAUUAUCGUGAUCUCUCUUUCCUUUUCUCCAGGUGGGUUUCAUCGACUACAUCGUCCACCCGCUGUGGGAGACGUGGGCCGACCUAGUCCACCCUGACGCCCAGGAGCUGCUGGACACACUGGAGGAGAACAGGGAGUGGUAUCUGAACACCAUGCCCCAGUCCCCCUCACCUCCCCCGGACAGACACCUCCAGCACGACCGCUUCCAGUUUGAACUCACUCUGGAGGACCUCGAACACAACAACCACAACCACGUACACCUGAGGAGCAGCAACAGCAGGAGCGGCGGCAGGAAAGCUAUCUGCGAAGACGGCGCUGAAGACGGAACGAAGGAGGAGAAAGACGAGCAAAGAGGGGAGGAGCAGAACCAUGUAGACACUGAAGACGAGGAGAAUCACAACAGCGAACAGAACGGGUUGGGAGGUGAGGAGGAGGAGAGUGGAGAAAAAGAGGGUGAGGAAGAGAGGGAAAAUACAGAGGAGGAGAAAGGAGAGGAGGAAAAUGAGCAGACGGAGGAGGAGCAGAAUCAGGACACAGGGCAGGAGCAGGAAGAGGGUGAUGAGGAAGGUGAUGAGGAAGGUGAGGAGAAGGAAGAAGUAGAGGAGGAGUUAGAGGAUGAAAACAAGGAGGCAGAAGAGGAGGAGGAAGAAGUGGAAGGUGAGACAGAGGAGGCAGAGACGGAGGAUAAGGAGGAGGACGAGGAGGUAGAAACAGAGGCAGCUGGUGAAGAGGAGGAGGUCGUAGAAACAGAGGAAGCUGGAGAAGAGGAGGAGGAGGUAGAAACAGAGGAAGCUGGAGAAGAGGAGGAGGAGGCUGCAGAAGGGGAAGAAGAGGAGGAGGGGGAGGAUAGUUAG